UGUAAAUGGGACGAACAGUUGACUUGCAUAUUAAUGUCAUGCUCGUCGUGUCAUGAUGGAUUGGAAGUUCUUCUCGAAAAUGAUAAUUUAAAAAGAAGUGGGUGUUUACGUUUUGUUGGACGAAAACAAAUAUAGAACGCAAGAUCUGACAUGUGUCGUAGAAGGUGAUACCUUAAAGUGAGGGCUGAUGUUUUUGCGGGUGGAAGAAUGCAUGUUCUCGACAUUUGUCAGUAUCUCGCCAUACUUUACGGGGUUGAGAUUUUGAAGAGCAAUGCCGCGGCAGCUACAACAACUGAAGGGAUUAGUCCCAGAGUAUACCAUGAGAUUAAAAAGAUUUGUAAGGAGCAUGGCAUAAUUCAUGACGUCAUUGGUGGUGCUCCUGAGCACAAAAUGAAGGUAGCUUAUAACAAGAACGAUUAUAUAGACUUUGGUACAUUUUUGACGGUAGAUCAAAUAAAAGAAAAGCCAACAUUGAUUGAGUGGCCAUGUUCAUCAAAUUUGCUGUAUACACUCAUGCUAAUAAGUCCAGACUAUCCGACUCGAGAGAAUCCGAAAGAAAAAGAAUGGCAAUACUGGCUGGUCACAAACAUUCAUGGAGGGGAUUUAAAGCUUUCGCAAACACUAACUGAAUAUUCUCCUCCAACAGAAAUACAUGGGAAAGAGCCGCACAGAAUGAUCUUUAUGGUGUUCUUACAAUCAGCGCCACGAGCUGUAAAUUUCAAUGAACCUUACAUAAAAAAAGAGACCCGUCGCAUACCUCCGGGACAAUUUGAUCUCGGUCUUUUUCAGCCCAUUGGUCGUAUGUUCCCAAUGUCGCUCAGAACGAUUUCUAAAGAACGUGCGCAUUUUAACACAAGAGAAUUUGCCAAGAAGCAUAAUUUUACGAAGCUGGUUGCGUUGAAUUUCUUUUUGAUGAAACCUACGAAAAAGACUUAGAAUCUACGCAUUACAGAGACAAAGACAUGAUUGAGUUUGAAAACCUUUAAUCUGUGUAAUGAGCUCUAAUCUCCAGUCGAUUUAUCCUCAAAAUAUUCAGUAAGUUGGAAAUAUAAUUAUUCUCAACGAGGGUUCUCGUAUUAUUCCUGAAUCUUUUGUCCACAAUUAAAAUUGAGGGAAAAAAAUAAUAAAUAUGUAAUUCA